AUGAGUAUAGAGCAAGAUAAGACGGCUGCUCAGGCACAGCCUACAUCGCAGCUUACGACGUACAAAGUUGCACCACAACUCCCUACAGCCCUAAGCGGCCACCGUUCUGUAUCUAUUCCCGCCACGGACUUGAACUUUUAUCCUCACUUUCCGCUUCACUGUGGUGUGCUGAAACGAGAUGCGGAUGGCUUCUACUCCGCGAGGCUGGCGAACCGGCCAGUCGAACUGAUUAUCGGCACCAGUGAUCAUCCUGGUCCCUUUGCACAGGAUUGGGUAGGAGAAGAGCAUCCAGACUAUCAGUUCUCUCUAGGCCGUGUCGACGUGGGAGAAAACGAGCCCCUGUUUCAAGUAAAAGUAACGACAUACAGUAAAACUGGCCAGACCAGCAUUUUCGUAUCUCAGUCGUACCUCUUAGGCGAUGGCUUCAACGUCGGUCAAUUCAUGAGGACCUGGUCGGACUUCUACCAGCAAAAGACGAUGGCGGAGCAUGCGACAUUUGAGAAAAAGCUAAGGCUUGCGCGGCCAAAGUUCAAUGUCAGAGGUGACUUCUCUCCUGCUUUAACGCCGAUAUCGCAUAUGACUGUGGAUUUUGAUCCCGAAUUCUUGGUUGAACGGCACAAUAGCCUCUUGCGGGACACUGUCCGCGUCGAUAUUGAUAUCCCUGGCGACUUCAUCAAGCAAAUCCAUGAGCGCGUCAAGCAGACCAGCCCUGUUCGCGCCCUCCAACAGCAUAUAACGAUUCGCAAUCGUCCUAUGCGAUUUAACGACCAGUUGGUCACUAUUCCCAGCUCGUCUCAGGGAAACCUGUACAUAGUGAGGACCACACCAUUGGAGACGGCGACGGAGAGGCAGACGCCAGCCACCCACGCUCAAGAGCUGUUCGAAGGACGCCGUGCACUGAAGAGCCCCGAGCUCUUAGGCCAGGCCUAUAUGCUGUAUAAUUCAUUUUAUGAAGAGUCCAUCCGGACGAAUCGCAUGUUUGUCGAGUGCGGCUUUGACGACAUCAUUGGUCUUAAUUGGAUUCCCAGUUUCCGUCUGUGUGAGCCUGAUUUUGGCUAUCAUCACCAGGGUGGGAUGAUCGAAUGGGAAUCUCUCAUCAACUUUAUCCAAGCAUGGCAAGCAAAUGCUGUAAUUCAGCAGGAUGGUGAGUUUUGA